AUGUCCCACCCUAUUGCAUUCCCAGCUGGGCAGCAGAUCGCCCGCUCCCCGGUAGACUAUCCUAUGGGCUCCUACGACGAUGGGAACUUCAAUCCCUCUAGUUACACCCGCCAUUUCAUCGGAUCUCCCAUCUCCUGGCGUGCGGGUAGCUUUGGCGCACAGUUCGUGCCCAGUCAGUCCCCCACUGCCAUGCUCGUUGGCUCAUUCGAGUACGAGUGUCUCUCUGUACAGCCCGGUCGCAUGCUAAUGCCACGCAGCCCAAUGAAGUCCCCACGCGACUCAUCCAUAAUGAAUGCCUGGUCCGUGUUCGACCGUCAAGGUGAACUGUGUCGCAACUACACCUGCUGUGGCAUUCAGCUUCCCGACCUGCAUGCGCUGCUGGAGCACUUCGAGGACGUGCAUAUCGUCGUCAAGGACCGUUCGCAACCGCCCGCUAUCCAAAUUCCCUUCAACCCCCAGAUUCACGACCCUGCAUCUCAACCCACCCCCACGUCCCAUAAUCCAGGGCCCCAGUAUGGGACACCCUUCGAUACUGACGACAUGGAUCUAGGGAUGGACGAAUACCCAUCUGGUGAUUCAACCUCUCCGCCGCCCUCCACUGCACCCCCAAGCGCGGGCACCUCGCGCGCAGCUUCGCCAUCAUCGUCCUCCUCACACGCCCCCUCUCCGAUUGCUACCUCGCGACCUGCACUUCACAUUGGUGUUGGUGGUGUUGGGUUCCCUUAUCGGGCCGAGGGACUUCACACGCCCUUGUCUGCGGGCACACCGUUCAGCGCUUACUCAAGACUCGGCAAAGGUAGCGAGUUCAAUCCCCAAUCGGAACAGGCACCGGCAGAAUCCGGUGCCAUUGCACCUGCGUUGGUGUUUGCCAGCUCUAAUGAGGAACCUGAAGAUGAUGUUGUCCCUAUUGUCAAAGCGGCCAAGACGAAGCGGACAGCGUCUCCGCCGUCGCGCGAUGGAACGCCCGGACCGUCUGCAUCCGCCGCACAGUCGUCACCAGUUGGUCAAUCAGGGCCGACACUGACUCCAUCGGCACCGGCUACCCCAACAACGGUUCCACCGGCCGCAUCAGCUCCGACCAUCCUCCUUCCCCACAAGCCGUUCCGAUGCCCGAAGCCGAAUUGCAGCAAGUCUUACAAGCAGGCCAAUGGGCUCAAAUAUCACGUCACGCAUGGGCAAUGCAGUUUUGGGCCCGCCAAGGACGUUGAGGCUGUGCGUGCCGUUCUGGAGAAGAAGAAGGCGAGCGCGGCUGCGAACUCUACGCCAUCGACCGGAACAUCCACGCCGGCAGAAGAGGACCCACAUGGAGCCUCUGCCUCGACGUUGACCCAAGCCGAAAUAAGCGACAUCGAGGCCAGGGUUCGUCCGUUCGCUUGCGGGGUCGGUGAUUGUCCUCGCCGCUACAAAAACAUGAAUGGGCUGCGAUACCAUUACCAGCAUUCUGGAGACCAUGGCGCCGUUGGGCUCAGCCUGCUUGCCGGUGGUGUCCAUGCCUGUUUGCAGAAGGGUGGUGCAGCGGCAGCUAACUCUACGUCGUCGUCCGCGGCCAACUCAGCUCCGCCGACACCUUCCACAACGACUCCACCUGCCGGCAAAAGCUACGCGUGGGGCAGCACGCUUCUGCCACAUAUCCAAGCCACUGCUUCUGCUGCCAAAACGAAGGCGAAGACAGAUGCGACGCCGUUCACUCCUCCAUCGACUGGCUCUGGGACGAGUACAUUUGCCAUCACGCCGCAGAGCGUGAUUGCCAAGGCCAAUCAGCAACAGGGUCUUUCGCCAGCCCAGACGCAGGAGUACAUCCGGCUGCAGUACGCCCAGUAUCAGCAGGCAAUGGCUGCCGGGUGGUACAACUCGAAUUCGCAGUCGGUUGACGUCACCAUGGGUUGA